AUGCCUCUUUCUUAUACUGCCAAAACUUCGCGACUGACUCGGAAGCAGACCCCGGAUGAGAAAUAUCUCUACAAGCAAUUGACAGACAAGGAGAUCGAUGAGUUCGGCCCCUACGAGGUUUACCACAAUGGCCACCUCGUCCCCUAUCCUCAGCUUGUCGAGGGCACAGAGGCCUAUUACGGCCGCCUUGCUGCGUGGGCGCCUGCUCCGGCUGUUGCUGAGCCUGAGCCGGAAACCUUCACCAAAGGCAAGGCACCAACAAAGGCUCAGCCAAAGCGCAGGGCCAAGGACCAGCCAGUGGCGCCCGUCAAGCACACGCAGAGCAUGCUCUCUGCCCAGCCCACCGUGGACGCCGACACCUCGGAGCAGCAGUCGAGCGAAAGCACCCCGGUCCCGGAGAAUGCCAACGGCACCGCUCCCGUGGCCCCCAAGGACCGUGAGCCUGCUCUUCCGGCCUGGGUGUCGCCACCCGACGAGUAUGGCUGCCGCCAGGUGAACAGGGUUCCCACAAAGCAAGAGAUCAAGGACCAAAAACUCAUCAACAACCGCAUCAUCGUGCCUCCAUCGUGGGAGCUCGAUCCCAUCGAGAUCGGCUAUCGCGAUUCGACCAACGAUCCCACGCGUUCUGCGACCCUGGCCAAAAGAGGCAAGUACUACGGUCACAAUGAUACCAAUACGUGGCACUACGAUCCCAUGCUUGCCAGACAUGAUGCUCGCGCUGCGGUUGAGGAAGACAUGGACCAGGAAGUCGUCGAAAAGCACCAGCUGCAUCCUCGUUACGGCUACUUCCUUCCUCAGAGCAAGAACGAUGCCGAGUCCCCCAAGACCGAUGAGAUCAGGAAUAAGCCUGUCGUUUACCUGACCCCCAGCGGCAAGACCCUCCACGCCUCGCGGGCAUUCCAAACCAUCAGCACCGAGCUGAAGAACCGAGACAAGGAGUUGCACAGGCAUUGCGCCUCUCUUCUCGCAGCAGUCUGUGAGCGUGAUGGCAUAGAUGCGGACCAGCUUGAGACGCCCGAGACGAUGGAUCUCAAGAAGAUCCGCGCUGAGAUAGAAGCGCAGCGGGAGCAGAUGGCCAUCAUCGAAUCGGCUAGACAGUCCGAGUUUGAAGAAUCAGCACGUGCCACUCCCGAGCCAGCACAGUUCAUCCCCAACAACGCCUCCGCAGCCAAUUCGAAAGGCCUGGCCAGCCUCUGCGAGGCCGCCCUGUCAACAGAAGAGCCCAAAGUGGCUCCAACGGCGCCGCCCGAGACGGCUGCAACACGUCCCAUCAGAAGGUACGAUGCCAUUCGCGACAUGCUCAUCGAGCACGCCCCUGCGGUGCAGCCACCUCCUCAGGUACCUGACACCCUGGCUCUGUCGGCUCUCGCCGACCUGUGCGCGGCAGCCCCUCUUAACCAGCCGGUUGCUGCUGCUGCUGCUGCUCCUACAGCAGCUCCCGCCAUCGGGCGAGCCGCCAAGCGCUCGAGAGAGGACGACAUGCUCGAGACGGAGGCGCCGCCGGAGAAGCGACACUCGCUCGCUCACAUUAUGGAGGAUCAGCCUACUCCUCUUCGCAGGACCCAUGACGAAGCACCGAGCAAGCUGCUCGGUCACCUCAGGCAGGAUCCCGUAUCUUCCGUGUCACUGCCACCGAUUGAGGAGUCUUCUCUGCGCGGGUCCUUCCACCCUGGCGCUCUGCACCAUGAUGGCCCUCUUCUCAUGGAAACGCCGGUUCGUGGUCGGGGGCGCCAGUCAUCCAGUCACCUUAUCGAACCAACGCCGAUACGGUCCAUCAUGCACCAGGAAACGGCUCCCGCCCGCCCCAUCGAGAUCUCGUCCAUGCGGUCAUAUCAUGAUUCACCCCAAGUCCACUAUGGGGUUAUCGACCCCCGAUUGGACAUCGACUCUAGGUUGUCCGUGCAGCCUGAUCCUCAUCCGAUCGGCUACGGGCGACACCAACCCACCUAUAGCUCCCAGCCUCGUCCACCACCGGCUUCGCGAAUGCCAUUCUCCAACCCUCAUCUAGACCACAGGUCGCCAUCCCUUCCUCCGUUACGGCCUCAACAGCAGAGCCACGCAGAUAACAGCAACGGGGCUUACCCUUACGGCGGAGGUCGGCAUAGCCAGGACACGCCAUUUUCUCGCAUGCAGUCUGGUGCACCUUCUCACGGGUCCGGGAGCUACCCGUUCCCUGGUAUCAGCACCAGCCAUGCCAUGCCGUCGCCAUACGGUACCCAAAGCUACUCCUCCUCCUACGCAAACAUUGCGCCCUCUCCCACACAGCCGAUGGGCGAGAGUCCUUCUAUGAUGCCGUUCACACUUCAGCCAUUUGGUGGACCCAACUUUGACGGCAAGGGGGGAAGCGCAUCAUCUACGCCCAACAAUGCCGGGCGAUACCGAGAGCUCGCCCCGGCGCCGCUGCCCGCGCACCGACAGGGCCACGGUCAAUCGCAGGAGCUCCGAACUGUCCAGUAUGUUCCCGGGGACAAUAUCAAAGACUACACGCCCACCGAGCAGCCGCCGGCCCGCGGCCCACAGACUGUUCGAUCAUGGAAUCAGUGGCAGCAAAAGGGGCGCCACAGCAUGCCAGCCCAAGACCGGCGUGGUUCGAAUUAG